AUGAGUUUAACUGAAGGUCUUUCCAAAGAAGAGGUGAUGACAUGGCGCCCGGAGAAGCUAGCAGACUACAUGAGGCAGGAUAGCGACAGCGAUGAGUAUGAAGAGUUUCAGCAGGAGGCAGCAGAUGGAAACUACAUCGUUCCUCUUAAUGAGCCACACGCAGCAGAGAGUCCACAAAACACCAAAGCAGAAGACCACAGGUUUCCGAGACCGCCUGGACCCCAGAAGGUGUUUAAAGGACCCUGCCAUCCCAUGGCAGAGGGCAGUGUUGUCAUGGCUACAGGUUCACAUACCAACAGCCGCCAGGUACCAGCAAUCCCUCAGAGGACUGUGUUCACCAGGGAAAAUAAUCAAACUCCAAACGUUCCUGCACCAGCGCCACGCACUCAUUUAAGUGCACCAACAAAAUCAUCCAGACAGGUUUUGGAUCCCAGCUGGUACAGGGGAAGAAUAACCCGACAUCAGGCUGAAGUCUCUCUCAGAGAGGUGAACAAGGACGGAGCGUUCUUGGUGAGGGACAGCUCACACAGCUCCUCACAGCAUCCCUACACGCUGAUGCUGCUUUACCAGGCCAGGAUUUUCAACAUUAAGAUCCAAAAACAGAACGAGUGUUAUUAUCUGGGAAAUGGAACCAAGAACACUAAGAGUUUCCUGGGGGUGAGGGAGAUGAUUAUCCAUCACAUGAACACCCCGCUGCUGCUCAUUGAUGCCGCAGACCAGGGCUCUGAGGAGCAGCUGCAGUGCUGCCUGCUGCACCCUGCGGGACUCUGACCACACCAACAGGCUUAAUAUUACCUCUGAUCCUCACGCCUCCGAUUCAAGGCUGCUGUUUCUUCACCUCCUCUUGGAUUUUUUGGAGGAAUGCAGCUUUGUCGGGCUGGUUAACACAAACGAUCAGGUCACAUUGCAUCAGAUGGGUUUGCACUGCAGAGAGAAACACAAUAUCUUUCUGCCACCUGUGCCUCAGGUCAAUGUAGCAACUGUUACACCUGAGAAGGGAGAAAUUUAGUUGUGUACAGAGUGUCUCCUUCAAUUACAAACAGUUUUAUAAGUCGACUGGACUCAGAUUUACUGGACUUUAUUUGCAGGCUGAUAUUUUAUGCAAUUAUUUCCCACUCACUCAUUGGUGUUAGUAGACGGGGGCCGAAAGGGGCCUAAUAAAUUCUAUGAUGGCCCCUGUACUGGAAACAUGCACCGCAAUAAUUCCAAUCUGUUAAAGAUUUCAUCAUAUCCCUAAAUGAAUUAUUUUCUUAUGAAAAAAGAAUCAAAUUCUUCUGUGUAGAAGAACCAAAUAAAGAAUGGAUUAUUAAAAUGUAUUAAAAAAUCCUUAUUUAAUGGUAAAAGUUGCAAAAUAUUUUCAGAACAGUGGGAACACACACUGUAAAAACCA